AUGCAGCCAAGUUCUUUCGAAAUAUUUAUUGACUCCUCCCGCACCGAUGCAUUUGUCACGGUAUCGGAAAAGUUUGUGAACAGUUGCCUUACUCCCCACUACGGCAGCAAACUUCCGUUGGUGGCGCCACUGAAGCUGUCGGAUGGUGAAAGGGACCUCUACGUUGGGUGUCUAACUCGUAGUACACAUCACCUUGAGCCCCGCAAGCUGCUCAUCUCGGUUGUUUUAGGACGAGAUCUGGGCUUAGAAGAUGGUGAGAUUGUGCAGUGUAUUCCUGUCUACCAGCCCACCAAGGCAGCCCGAGUGCUGGUUGUGCCCGCCUCCGUGGACGAAAGCGAGGUUGUGGAGAAAAAUGCACUUCGCAUUGAGGCACAGCUCCUUCGCCAGGUGCAAGUCAUCUUCCCAGGGAUGGUUAUCAGCGUAGUUGUUUUUGCCGACGUUCACGCCAGGGUGGUGGUGCAGCGAAUUGAGGACACGCAGGGCCGUGAAGUCGCCUCCGGCUGCGCUGUCAUGGCUGAAGGAACGGAAUUUGUCAUUGCAACGCGAUCACGACAAAUUACUGAAGACGGAACACCCAUGUGGGCCGUCCUACGCUCGCAUCCGUGCUCCGCCCGUGGGGCGACAGCGCCGCCGACAGACAACACCAGGGCGUCGCUUCUGCUGCACCCCGCAACUGCAGAACGCUACCAUUGGUAUGAGGGUCUCGUAGUCGGUUUUUGGGACCUCGCACGCGCUUCACAACUCCUUGAAUCUAAGAAAGUGACGCCGUCUUUCCUUCGCACAAACGCCUGGAAGGCGCCUAUUCGAUGUCUUAACGAGAUACCUGAAGGAAUGUGCUACUGUACUGUUUUGGGGCAGACUUCCAACGUAAUUGUGUUCCCCAAUCCAGAGGAAAAUGUGCGGCAUGUGGCUGCCAACGAUGUCGCGGAAGACAGUCCUCGCUCCUUUUUUUGUAAAGAGGUGGACUUUGACAAGGUGGCAGCUGUUCACGGGGACGCUGCUCACGAGCUCCUACGUCACUUAUCGAGCUGGUUUACUCUGGAAAAGAAACUGAGUAGCUCCCCCGGCGGGGGGCAGGGGGGCAAUGGCAAUGUCUUGCUCUGUGGUGGAAAUGGUUACGGCAAGACAACAGUCGCUGCAGCUGUCCUGAGCAAACUUUCUGACGUCCAUGUCUGUGUUGUUCAAUGCACUUCUGGCGGAAAUCGACUCCUACUCUCCUUACAGGAGGCCUUGGUGGAGUGUGUUAUGUGUGCACCGUCGGUUCUUAUUUUAGACAAUUUUGACAGCAUAGCCCCGGUGCAGCGUGACGGAGCAGUCGCGGCGCUUACUGGCACGACAAGGUCUAUUCUGGAAAGAAUACUGCAUUGUUUUACCGACACAGUUACCUUUACCGGUCGCAGCCCUAUCGUUGUGCUCGCAACCUGCGGAGAUCGUGAAGCUGUUCACGAACGACUUAGAUCGGCUAACUGUUUUGCCAAAGUCAUGAAGCUUGAGGCAUUGGACCGAAAGUCACGACUGGCAUUGCUCAAGCAGGUGUUUCCAGCGGAACCGACGGACGCCUUGGAGCAGCUGACAGCAUUGAUGGAAAAUUACACCCCGUUUGAUAUCAAACGGGUUUCAGUGCGUAUCAAAAAUCAUUCCACGGAUGGGAAUCCUCCUUCGUUGGACAAGGUAAAGGAGGUCAUUGCCUGCUUUACUCCGUUAUCUCACACUGGUAUCAACUUUCUCAAGGGCGAGAAACAGUCGUUGGACUCCAUUGGAGGUCUCUCUCAUGCAAAGAAAAUAUUGCAUGACACCUUAGUGUUGCCUAUAAAACAUCCCGAAUUAUUUGCGCGGCUUCCAUUGAAGACGCGAAGUGGAAUCCUCCUUUACGGCCCUUCUGGUUGCGGAAAGACGUUUGUGGUCGAAGCUCUUGUAAAUGCUGCAGAUCUGAAUUGUAUUGUGGUUAAUGGUCCUGAGGUAUUUGGAAAAUACAUCGGCCAGAGCGAGCAGAAGAUCCGUGACGUUUUUGAACGUGCUCAGGCAGCUGCGCCCUGUGUGAUUUUCUUUGACGAGUUUGACUCGGUUGCUCCACAACGUGGUGUAGAUAACUCCGGUGUAACAGAUCGUGUUGUGAACCAGCUCUUGUGCUACUUGGAUGGGGUAGAAGGGAGAAAAGACGUUUAUGUUGUGGCGGCAUCAAGCCGCCCUGACUUGAUAGAUGCCGCUUUGCUGCGACCAGGCAGACUGGACAAGGCAGUGGAGUGCCCCAUUCCAUCCUACGAAGAACGCUUGGAAAUAUUGCUGCGUUGCUUCGGCAAGGUCUCUGCCAAGCUUUCACAGGAGGAGAUUGAGGAUUUGGCGCGGCAAACUCACAAUUGGACUCCCGCCGACCUGUCUGGAUUGGUGUCCUCCGCACACCUUUUUGUGACGCGGCGUGUGAUUGAGCGGCUUUCCUUGCACAGCACAGAGGCGAAUUUCGAGGAACUUUUUGCCGUGGCAAAUGUGGGCAAAGGCACAACCCGGGAGAAGGUUGAGGACGCCUUGAGGCCAAUCUGUGUCCCCAGCAAACGUGAUAAAGCCCUGGAGCUUGUCACUCAAAUGGACAUGGAGGAUGUAAGGCGGGCGCUGGCGGUAACCCGUCCUUCCUUGACCCAGAAGGACAUUUCUGAAUACGAGAGAAUGCGGCGCCUCUUCACUGGCGAAAGCGUGAGAGAGAAUACGCUCAAAGUGGGGAAAAAGCUGGCCUUUCAGUGA